ACUGUCGUCCGUUGCAUAAGUGCUGUAACAGUGACAUCUACAGUAUAUUUAAUAUUCCAGUGAUACACAGAGUAGCAUCCUAAUCUCAUAGAUAAAACCUAGGAAUAUAAAGUCUGCAAAGAUUCCGAGGGAUGCAGAAUAAUCAAUCAAUGGAUACAAGGAGGAGUGCUGGCUUGUGACGUAACUGAUGCUGCUGUUGUGUGUGUGAAUAGGCAGAGGGGAAACCUUCUCCCUACCGGUCAUGUCCACGGUAAAAACGUUUAAGGUAAACGUUUAAACCGAAAAGCAGUGGGUAUGGAGAAAUGUCAGGUUACUGUCUGGAUUUUUUCAUGCUUGCAUAUGGUGCAGUCACACAAGUGAAAAGCCAGCGAGGCUGAUGCCAGGUGCCGGCCGUCGCUGGGCGCACUCCGAACAGCACUCGGGAUGAGUGGGGCCGCGGAACCGGCUGCAGACAUCCUGUCCGUGACAGACCUGGUCCGGGAGAGAUGGAGAGUGUUGAAGAAAAUUGGCGGUGGAGGCUUCGGGGAGAUCUACGAGGUACUGGACCAGCUGAGUCAGGUCAGCGUGGCCCUGAAGGUGGAGUCAGCCCAGCAGCCUAAACAGGUGUUGAAGAUGGAGGUGGCCGUGUUGAAGAAGCUCCAAGGUAAAGAUCACGUAUGUCGUUUCGUGGGCUGCGGCCGCAACGAUCGCUUCAACUAUGUGGUGAUGGAACUUCAGGGGCGUAACCUGGCGGACCUGCGCCGAACGAUGUCCCGCGGCACAUUCUCCAUCUCCACCACCCUCAGGCUGGGCCGCCAGAUACUGGAGGCCAUCGAGAGCAUCCACUCAGUGGGCUUCCUGCACCGAGACAUCAAACCGUCAAACUUCGCCAUGGGCCGUCUGGCCAGCACCUGCCGAUGCUGCUACAUGCUGGACUUUGGUCUGGCCCGUCAGUUCACCAACUCCAGCCAGGAAGUGCGUCCUCCUCGACCCGUGGCGGGGUUCAGAGGGACGGUGCGCUACGCCUCAGUCAAUGCACACAAAAACAAGGAGAUGGGUCGCCAUGACGACCUCUGGUCUCUCUUCUACAUGCUGGUGGAGUUCAUGGUCGGGCAGCUACCUUGGAGGAAGGUCAAAGAUAAAGAACAAGUGGGGAACCUAAAGGACACCUAUGACCACCGACUGAUGCUCAAACAUCUACCCUCGGAGUUCAGCGUCUUCCUGGAUCACAUCCUGAUUCUGGACUACUUCACCAAACCAGACUAUCAGCUGCUAAUAUCAGUGUUUGACAACGCCAUGAAGAGCCACAAUGUGCUGGAGAACGAUCCUUACGACUGGGAGAGAUGUGACUCUGACGACCUGCUGGCCAUCACCGCCUCGGCCAACACGGCUCAACAACUCACCCGCCUCACACCUGCUUACCUGGGCAUGGCUAACGCCUCGGUGCUCCCUGGCGAGCUUCAGAGGGAGAACACCGAGGACGUCCUUCAGGGUGAGCGCCUCAGCGACGCCGACAACUGUCCCCCCAUCCCGGCCCAUCACCAACACGCCGCCCAGGGCGCUGACGUGUGGGAGGAGAUGGAUCGCAACCGCAAGCACGCCGCGGCCCAGCAGAAACAGCAGCCAUUAAUCAGGAAGGUUUUGAGUGAGGACGAACACAGCCAGAACCAGGGGGGCAACCAGAGCCCCAACAAUGGCUCCGUCCAGAGCUCCCCUAGACGGGUGCGUUCGGAGACCAUGUUCAUGGACCGGGCAGUUCCCCUGCUCCGGAGGAUGAGACACAGCCAGAGUCUGGCCUUCGAGAAGAGGCUGGCCCCCGAACCCAAGCCCACCAUCGAACGCUUCCUUGAGGCCUACCUGGGGAAGCGCCCUCAGGAGUGGGAGAAAACAAUCCCCGAGAGCGGCCGUGAGCUGGUUAACACCCCCGGCGACGAGGACCACGCCACAGAGACCCCGGAACCGGAGGAGGGGACGGGCGCCGGCAGCGGCGGCUUCGUGGCCCUCAACCUCAGCCCCGUGCCCCAGGAGGGAGACUCUCAGGAGUGGGUGAUGCUGGAGUUGGAGCAGGGAGGCGGGGCCUCAGGCGCAGCCAGGCCUCCGGAAGACGACCGGCCAGCCGGGGAUGGACCGGGGGGCCACGCCGAGGACGGGGAUCCCCGGCCACCAUCCGCCCCGAGCAGUCCGGUCUUGACUCACAUGGGCCUGCCCUGCACCUGGCUACUGGGUGGGAGAAGGCUGCCCGGGCUGUUGGGAAACAUGGGCCGGGCUCAGCUGGAGCAGUCGUCAAGCGCCCAGCCCCAGUCCCCGGUGACGGAGAAGACCGAAGCCAUACCGCUGGAGGCGCCAUCCACCGGACCGACCAAACCCCAGGAAGGACCUGCGGACGGGCCUGAGGCGUCGGCGGUCCAGUCAGCCCAGAGCCCUGUGCCAAACCUCAUACCAGCUCACCUCGCCAACGACAAAGACCCAGAGAGUGACUCUGGCCUUCCGGACCGCUCCUCUGAACCCAACCAGCGCCCCCGGCUGGAGGAGCAGAGUGGCGGUGGCGCCGUCUCCACGUCCCCUGCUCCCGCCUCCACGGUCCUCCUGCGACGCGACUCGUGCUGCUCGUCCAAGCUGAGCCGCAUCCCCGUACGAGACCCGACCGCCGGCCCGGAUUCCCCCGCCGCCGACCGCCACCAUCGCUGGAGCAGCCCGGUGCCGGGCUCCGCCUCCCACUCCCCCUCGCCGUCGCUUUCCUGCGACAACCUGCUGCCCUGCGGCGUCCGGGACCGCGGCUCGCGCUCCGACUGGCUGGGCGAGGACCGUGACCCGCUGUCACUGUCGCUCUCCUCCUCGGGCAGCAGGAGUAAGAUUCCGCGGCCCGUCGGCAGCCCUCCGCCGGGACCGGAGAAGCAGCUGUUCUCCUCCAGCCGGUUCGUACCUCGCCCGCCUCCCGGGAAACCGCCCAGCCGGCAGGCUGUGGACCACAGUAGGCGCCGGCGGUUCCGAGUGCGUGCCAGCAGUACCAGUGACGCCGACUUCCUGGCCAGCCUGACCCAGCUGAUGAAGGACCGCAGUGGGGCUCUGUUCAGUCCGCCGCCACGCCCCCGUAGCUCCUCCUCGCUGCAGCGCUCACUGAGCUCCUCCCCGUCGCGCCACGAGCUGCGCGAGGGGGGCGGGGUGUCCUUCGGGGGGAGCCGCUCUCCGUCCAGCUUCUCGGGGUCCCCUCCGCCACCGCGCUACCCCCAGGAUCGGCUUGGCGGGCAGCAGGGGAUCCCGUGGGGUGCGGGGCCCGGCGCCCGUGGGAGGGGCCCGAGCCACGAAGGCAAGGGCAGCGGAAAAGUGAGUCGCUAGGCGGACAGGAGGGGAAACGGGCUGUUAUUCAGAGAGACAUGCCGCGGUGAAACUUUAUGCAACGGCGGUCAGAAUUUAGCCUUUCUCAGCAGGUAACCUCACUGUUUCAUUCUGCAUUAAAGCGUUUCCAUCCUUCUGAACACGACCCAGGAAGCGUGGUGACUCAGACUGUGAUGACCUAUGUACAGACCCUGUACAGUAUCACGUCCAAUCUUUAGCUUUGGCAACAUGUGUAAAUACCUAUUGUGCAACAGGGAAUGUACCGUAUGUAAUGUACAAUAGAAUGUAUGAUAGAAUGUAUCACAGACUGUAAUGUAUAAUAGAUUGUAUCUAUUUAUUUAUUCGUGUGAUGUCUCUGAACCAAGUACUUGACAAAUGUAGCUCAAUUCUGCAAGUCGGAACAACUAGUGUUUCCUAGGAAAACCCUGAGAUUGCCAACUCCUCCCCCUGGUCCUGUGCCCCCUCUAUGUAUGAAUGCCAUGAGACCAAAAAGAUCUGUACUGUAUCAUAUUUAAAGGAGGUCUUGUGUAUAUAUGUACCAUUGAAAACAAGUAUAUAGCGAUAACUUCAGUACAUCAGCAGUCACUGAAAAGGGCAUUUAGACCCAUUCAAACCUCAUUGCUCUUUUUCCUCAGUAUCUACCUAUACAUUUUAAAGAAAAGAAUCAAGUGUAUUCUAGGCUAUUUUAAAGAAAUAACAUUCACUCUGGCAUAUCUAUGUGUUUGUUCACGUUUUCCCCACCAGUAAAAUGUCUUCUCUUUAGUCAUUCGGAGGUGUCAAAAUGUUGCAGUGUUUGAAAAAUCCAUUCAAACUGAAUUAAUGUACAAGGUGCAUGAAAAUCAUUGCAAAUGUUUUUUUUUUUUAUCAUUUGUACAGUGUCUGCUAAAGCGAGUCUGUAUUUUUUAAUAAACUGAUCCCGAUCAAGUAUA